AUGGCUCUCUAUGACAACAAGAUCUUCGCUUCAACCUCAAACACAUCCAACGGAGAAGUCUCCUCCGCAACCCGCUUCUACUACCACCAGACAGACAGUAUCGUUUGGGCAGAAUACUCGGGUGGAUCAAUAGUCAAAGGCUCGCUGAUUGCGGCAGUCAAAGAAAACAACUGUCUCGAGAUGCGUUAUCACCAUAUUAAUACGGACGGGGAGAUCAUGGCAGGGAAGUGUUUCUCUACGCCGGAGGUUCUCUCCGAUGGACGGCUAAGGAUGCAUGAGAAGUGGGAGUGGGUUACGGGCGACAAGUCAUCAGGAGAAUCUGUGAUUGAAGAGGUGCGAGACUGA